GUCGAAUCCAUACGAAUCCAAGACCACGUGAGGCAAAUAUGACUUUGAAAUAUGAACUUCGCUAUAUCUAAAAUAUUUAGUAGUUGAUACUUCUGCAUUUCUGUGUUUAGACAACAAUUCACAGAAAAACAUCGAUAUAUUAAUGCUAAUUUAGACAUUGGUUAUUUUGCUUGUUCUUUGGGCUGGCUGGAUACACUGAUAUAUCCGUUACACUACACCGCAAUAUCUGCCGCAAGCAAUAUGUUAUGAAAAGAAAAAGGAGCCACAAAUUUAAAAUGCAGAUCGUAUCUGAAUCGUCUGCAGCAUCUUAAAACAGUUUUCAGAACACGUAACACUUCGUUGGAAGACAUAUUGAACUUAAGCGGAACUAAAGAACAGACGGCCGAUAACAAUUAGGAGGAAAUAUGGAGGUGCACAAUAGUGAGUAGUAAGGGGAAUGUCAGAGUUGCGGGAACUGAUUCAGAAACAAAAAAAUAAAAGCACAAGUACAGAACUAGUAUCACACCCACGAAUGAUCAUAUUUGAUUCGCAUGAGCUCGUUAAGGACACACACCUGAAAUAUGCCUGCUGGGGUGUCCUGGCCACGCUACCUGAGGAUGCUGGGAGCCAGUAUCUUAGCCAUGUUUGCGGGGGCUGAAGUAGUCCAUCGCUACUACCGGCCUGACUUGACAAUUCCAGAAAUGCCACCCAAACCUGGAGAGCUGAGAACCGAACUGCUGGGACUGAAAAGCCGUCAAGAUCCUGGUUCAGAGAAGCAGUGAAUCUCCCUUAAAGGUGUAUAUAUGUACAUGUUGUUGGCUGAAUUAAGUGUAAUAAACCAUGAAUGUGUCAGCAAGA